UAACUAAAAAAAGAGCAACCCCUACUUGCGUUUGCACUCUUACGUUGUUAUGUUUUGGUGUCUCUCUUUGACUAUCCUCCCCACAAAAAACUGUCCUCGAUUCUCAAUCACUCACUAUUUAUGUUCAUCCUCCUCUUCCACACAAUAACUUCAUAUACACACACACGCGUAUAUAUAUACGCAUGCCCUUUUGCUACAUCUUCUCCAUAGAUUCCCUUUUCUCCUUUCGCUUAGUCUCUUUUCUUCAUCGGCAUCCUUUUAUCUCUUAAUCUUUCUGUCGGCCAUCAAUGGAAGCACCCGAGGAGGAGAAAGCUUUGAUCCUUAAAGGGAAGAGGACGAAGCGGCAGCGUCCUCAAUCGCCCAUCCCUUUCUCUAUCUCUUCUCCUGUUCCCGUAGAACAGGAAUCCAUUAGUCAUGAUGAUGAUGAUCAUGAUGACAAGAACAAGAAUCUCAAUAAUGGAAAUGAAGAAGAGGAGGAAAAGGGUAACAAUGUCGUUGUAUCGUCGGCUUCUUCGUCUUCGGACAACAACGCAGUUGACGAGGAGGAUCAAGAUAUGGCACGUUGCUUGAUCUUGCUCGCUCAAGGCCAUUCCCUUUCUCAUCAUCUCCAACAGCAACAGCAACAGCAACAACAACAGCUGAUGAUCCAAAACAACAACAGCAACAACAACGGGUUUAGGUUUAGCAGUAGGAGGUUUCUAGAAACGUCAAACGGUAAUGGCGGCGGCGGUGCGAAAGCUGGUUACUAUGUUUACCAGUGCAAGACAUGUGAUCGGACCUUCCCAUCAUUCCAAGCAUUGGGUGGCCACAGAGCCAGCCAUAAGAAACCAAAGGCCCUUCCUUCUGUCGGUGGCGGCGCCACCGUUUCACUUCAUCUAACCAACCAGACAACAGCAGCAACAACUUCUAACAACAACAAUACCCACAAUGGGGUUGCCAUGUACGGAAGUAACAAGGCGAGUUUACGUCACAAAGUUCAUGAAUGCGGGAUUUGUGGUGCGGAGUUCACGUCAGGACAAGCCCUAGGUGGACACAUGAGGAGGCAUAGAGGGGCUGUUGUCGCUGCCGCAGCUGCUUCAGCUGUUGCUGCGACAGCUAACACGGCCUUGUCGCUGUCGCCGUUUGACCAAUCCGACGGUCAAGAUUAUCCGGCGAAGAAGCCCAGAAGUGCGGCCGUGUCGUUGGAUUUGGAUCUGAAUUUGCCGGCACCGGAAGAUGAGGGUCGUGUCAACGGAUUAGGGUUAGCUUCUAAGGAUGAACCUCAAACGCAACAGCAACCACAACAGCAACAGAAACAAAGGGAAGAGCAAAAGUCUCUUGUUUUGUCUGCUCCUACAUUGGUGGAUUGCCAUUACUGAUUAUGAUGAAAGAUGAUAAAUAUUUACAACGAAAUGUAAACAAAUAAAUCAAAUAUCGAUCAAACUGUACCCAAUUCAGGUUUUUUUUAAUCGUUUUUUUUUCUUUA